CAAAUAGAUUGGUAUUUUUCUCAUUGGAUAAAGAAUCAUAGGUAGAGCUUAUUUUCCCCCAUUUUCUUCUUUCACUGAUAAACUCAAAGGCAUUUUCCGGUGAAGCAAUUUGAACUGAUAAAAAUGGCAAACGGAGAAGGUGAAGUUGUGUGUGUUACCGGAGGCAGCGGUUUUAUUGGUUCAUGGCUUGUUAGUUCUCUACUUGACCGUGGCUACACUGUUCACGCUACUGUUAAAGAUCUAAAUGAUGAGAAGGAGACGAAGCAUUUACUUGCUUUAGAAGGAGCUGAAUCUCGUCUUCGUCUUUAUCAAAUUGAUUUGCUUGAUUACGAUUCAAUUGUUUCUGCGAUUACUGGUACUGUAGGUGUUUUUCAUCUUGCUUCUCCUUGCACUGUUGAUGAAGUUAAAGAUCCUGAGAAUGAUCUUCUGUCACCAGCAAUCAAAGGCACUAGUAAUGUACUUACAGCAUCAAAGGAGCUCGGUGUUAAGCGUGUGGUAGUGACUUCAUCUGUAUCGUCCAUCACCCCAAAUCCUAAUUGGCCAGCUGAUCGUAUCAUGAAUGAGGAUUGCUGGACUGAUAUUGAGUACUGCAAACAGAAUGGGGUAUGGUAUCCUUUGUCAAAAACACUUGCUGAAAAAGAUGCUUGGAAAUUUGCCAAGGAAAAAGAUUUGGAUAUUGUUGUGGUGAAUCCGGGAACUGUAAUGGGCCCUAUUAUCCCACCAAGCCUUAAUGCUAGCAUGCAAAUGAUUCUUCGUCUUCUUCAAGGCUGCACCGAUACAUAUCAAGAUUUCUUUAUGGGAUUAGUCCAUGUCAAGGAUGUGGCAUUGGCUCAUAUUCUUGUUUAUGAAAACAAAUCAGCAAAAGGAAGACACAUGUGUGUUGAAGCCAUAGCUCACUAUGGGGACUUCGCGGCUAAGGUUGCAGAGCUCUACCCUGAAUAUAACGUUCCUAGGUUGCCAAAAGAUACUCAACCUGGACUAUUAAGAGCCAAGGAUGGAGCUAAGAAGUUGAUGGAUUUGGGACUGGAGUUUAUUGAAAUGGAGCAAAUAAUUAGGGACGCCGUUGAGAGUUUGAAGAUCAAGGGAUAUAUUUCUUAGAUGUCCAUAGUUGCUGUGUAGAUAAACUAUGUUAUCGAUCCUUUCAGCGCCUUAUUAUGUGAAACAGACACACUUCAGGUUCAACUUGAUAAGAACUUUCUAAUAGAAUUAUGUUUUUCUCUCUUUGGUUUCUUGUUUUCACAGUUUCCUGUAAGCAUAGCAUCUAACUGUUGGACAAUUUUCGAUACCAUCAGAAGUUGUAGCAACGAGCUACUAAUGAAUGACUAUGUUGAAGUUUCAAA